AUGGGAAAUACCUCGUCGCAGCCGGCGGCUCCGGACGCAGACGUCUUCGCGGCGCCAACUCCGCGUAAGCCCGGUCACGAAGACGACAUUGCCGCAUCCUCCCAGCUCGCCACUGAAGCGCAAACCCCACAGUCUGACACGCAGAAGAAGAAGGAUAAAAAGGGCAAGAAGGAAAAGAGGCGUAGUCGCGACUUGCAAAAUGCUGCAGAUGAAAACACGGCCGACCCGGUGACGGAUGGCGCUGAGAAUGCACCAGUCUCUCCUGUGCCUGUUCCCGAUGCUCCUCAGAACAAGGACUCCCAAAAGAAAAAGAAGAAGCGCAGGAGCGCGCCGGAUGAGGCCGCGCAAGAACCUUCGACCUCUGCGCCUGAGCCUGCGCCUGCUGAGACUGUGACAGAUGCGCGCGACGCUGACGCCGGUGCUACUCAAGACGGUCCCAACAAAAAGAGGAAGAGAAAAUCAAAGGAUGCUGCUGCCGUCUCUGCCAAUCCCGACGCGCAAUCGAAGUCUGAGGCCGUUGCUCCUACUCCGGUGCCGGUCCUCGAGGCGCAAAAUGCUGAUGAGCGCUCAAACAAGAAGCAAAGGAAAUCCAAGCGUGACGUCCCAGAGAACGCGCCGGCAAAGAUCUCCUCGACACCAAUUCCUCUCCCUAUUCUUACCGCGGUGCCAGUCCAGAACGUGCCAAAGUCAGCUCAAGUGCAAGAUAACGCUUCUACACAAGCUGCUGAAACUCAACAACCACAGGCAUCUAAGAAGUCUAAAAAGAAGUCUGACACUCCGGAGGCCAACAAGGCGGUAUCUGCUGGUGAUAAGGUAACCCCUGUUCAGCUACCAGAGCCGGCGCAGACAACGGCAGAAAAUGCCGACGUCGCGCAAACAGAAGAGUCGUCUGAAAAGAAAAACAAGAAGAAGAAAAAGAAGUCACGGCACGACGAAGUUGCGACAGAAGAUCCUGUCCAGAAUGCGGCUACUCCCGAGGCCGCAGCUGAACCAGCUGAAGCGGCUCCACAGUCGCGUGUCGAAGUUCCUGAAGCGGAUGCAAACGAAGAGGCCAACUCGAGCAAGAAGCAGAAGAAGAAAAAGAGAUCUCGCAACCCUACUCCUGCCCAAAACGAAGUUUCUGUUGGCACCGAAAUGUCGGUGCCUGACAAUUCAGCUCUUAUUGACCCCGCUCUCGAAAACCAUGGCGUUGUCAACGGAAAUGCCCAACCGACUGAAGUGCCUCACGAUGGCUCACAUGCAAAGCAGAAGAAGCGUAAGCGGACUGGUGAUGCUGAGCCAAGGACAGAGACCGUUACGGGGCCAUCCCCAUCCGAAGCUACGCCUCCUAACCAUCCUGAGGCUGCCUCUCAGCCUAAGCCCAAGAAACGCAAACAGAAAACCGAUUCUGUCUCUGCGGAUGCGGGCAAAGCUGUAGAGUCAACUAAGGAUACUUCUGGGGACAACCCGGUCACAAACACUGGUGACUUCCCUGAACAAGGUCCCUUUACUGCCAAGGAGCUGGCUCGUCUUGACGGGUCAGUAGAGAGCUAUCGCGAGUACCAUAACCUGACCCAAGAGCGCGUAAAUGAACUCAUCCAGGGCGUUUCUGGAAUGGAUGAGUCGGUCAGGCCAAUGUGGGACGAGAUUACGGGGUCGUUGCCUAACCGUAAACGUCAGUCGAUCUACAGGCUUUGUCGCCGCAGGUACCACAACUUUGAUAAGCGUGGCAGCUGGACUCAGGAGGAAGAUGAAGAGCUGAGACAAGCCCACAACGCGGCGCCCGGUCGCUGGAAGGAGAUUGGCCAGAGGAUCGGCCGCAUGCCCGACGAUGCUCGUGACCGCUGGCGUAACUAUCUCAAGUGUGGCGAGGCCAAGGUGACUGAGAAGUGGGAUGACAAUGAGAUCAACAAGCUGCUGAACGCCGUGCAUGAGUGCUGCGAUUUGCUUCUCAAGCAGCUUCCGGAAGAACACGAGCGCUACUGGCGCAAGGAACUCUCGUGUGAGGUUGUCGGCAAGCCCUUCUGGACCAAUCCCGAUAUUCGCGACUUCGUCCACACCCUGCCAGACUUCUUGACUGCCCUGCGUGAUGUAGUAGAGCAUCGUGCACCCAGCAAUAGCGGCAAGACGCGGCGGGCGGCCGACGCUCCUCCCUUCGAUGAAGGCGGUAACGUCAUCAUCGAUUGGAACCUGGUCAGCGAGAAGAUGGGACAACGCCGCAGUCGCUUGCAGUGUCUGAUGAAAUUCAGAGGACUCGAGCGGCACUUCUCGGACAGCAGAAAGCCGCGUCGACCAGACUCGGACAGUUGGCGUCUCAAGAACGGAUACUUGAUGUACCAGCGGAUGCUACCGGGCGACAAGUACAACAUUGUGAAGACGCUGGCGACUAUGGGCGCGGCAGACGAAGAGCGCAUCUACUGGGCACGUGUCCAGAGCAACGAUCCCGACACCGACUGGAAGCCUCACGUGCGCAAAGCGGCAUUGCAGGAAAUGAAGAAGCUGGUGCCUCCGCAGGAGACUUUACCGGAACUUCUCAGCAGUCUGAUGCGCUAUUUGGAAACGAAUCAUCCCAACGAGCUGCGCGACUUCUACGUAAUGCCGCCGAAGGAGCCUAAGCCCAAGCCGGAGCCGAGAUACAAGCUUUCAGCGGCCAGGAUUUCGGAAGAGGAUGAUGAGCAGGAUGAAGAUGGCGACUUGAGAAUGGGCAUGCAGGGCGCGAGCGCGCAGGGCAACAUGGACGAUGACGUUGACUCUGUGCUCGGGCACAGGGACGACGAGGACGAGGCCGAGAAUCAGGGUCGCGGCUAUCCGGCCUUUAUGGCCGGUGCGCACAGCGUAGCACAUGACGGUGGGAGAUAG